GACCAUCAUCUUUCGAAGAAGGUUCGCUUCCUCAUACUUCUGCUUAUUAAAUCUUCUCUCUCUCUAUAGAUAUAUGUGUGUGUGUACUCAUACAUGUAAGAGAGCCUUUUCCGUUAGAACCUUUGCAUCUGCGACAGAGCCUCCUCUGUUUCUCUUCUAUGCUGCAACAAUUUUGGACUUAGUUCGUUUGUUUUCUUCUGGGACAAAACCACGGCUUUCUGAAGUUCUUCAACUCCAAUUUCUUUUUCCUAUCAACCCUUUUUUCCAUUUCUUAUUUUCAGCUCUAUUAUCAUCUCUUUUGUUUGGAUUGAUAGUUAUAAGUUUCAUUUUUUUUUAUUUUCUGCUUUAUCUUCUGUGAUGGUCUUUGAUCUUAUCCGUUAGAUUCUUCGGUUAUUUGUGGUCUUAAACUGGUUCAGAGUUUUUCCCAGAUAUAGGUUCUGAUUAAAGUAGCGAUCUUCGUUUUUAAAAUUUUGAUUUGUUGGGGUUUUGACUUUCUUCUCAUUGUUUUAAGGGCAUACAAUAUAUUAGAUGAUUAUGGAUCCAAGUUUCACCGAUUUCCCAAACGAAUUCAAAACCCUCUUAUCAAAUUCAAAUCAGUUCCUAAAUCGACUCUUCCCAGAUCUUGGCUUCACCAUGGACAAUAAUCACCUUUUCCUUUCACCUGUUCCUGAACCCAGAAACUUGAUCCUUUCCGAGGGAGAAUCCCCUGUCCCAUUUUCCACCAUAGGCCCAGAUGGAGCCUCAGAGGACACUGAGUUCUCAGAAACUGUUCUCAAGUACAUAAGCCAGAUCCUUAUGGAAGAGAAGAUAGAACAAAAGCCCAGCAUGUUUUAUGACCCAUUGGAUCUCCAAAUCACUGAGAAAUCCUUCUAUGAUGCUCUUGGUGAGAGAUAUCCUUAUUCACCCAACUACAACAAUGGUGUGGAUCCAAGAGUUGAGACUCCUGAUAAUAAUUUCUCAGGAAGUUCUAGUGAUUAUGGUGGAAGUAGUACUAGUCCUAGUACGAGUACAAGUAAUAGUGCUAGUAGUCCUCAUUUGCUUAGUGAUGUAGGAGACUCUAAACCACCCUCUUUAUUGCAGUCCUCUCUUCCUGGAGACCCCAAUUCCCAGCUAAAUUCGCUUUCUGGUUCGCAGUUCUCCGCCCCUAUUUCGGUAAACGAGCUUCUGGCGCAGAACAUAUUUGGGGACAGCGAUUCGAUCUUGCAGUUUCAGAAAGGGUUAGAGGAGGCCAGUAGGUUCCUUCCCAAAAGUAAUCAGCUUUUCAUUGAUCUGGAGAGCAGGGAAUAUUCUUCCGAGUUGAAGGGACUGGGAGAGCCUGAAAAGUUGGUGGCUGUAAAAGGUGAGAGGGAUAGCUCGCCGAAUGGAUCGAGGGGAAGGAAGAACCAUGAGCGGGAAGAUGUGGAUUCGGAAGAAGAGAGGAGUAACAAGCAGUCUGCAGUUUACACGGAUGAGAGUGAAUUAUCGGAGACGUUUGAUAAAGUGUUGCUUUUUUAUCAUGAUCAUGGAUGCAAGGGUGUCGUGGGUGAAUGCGGGCAAAAUGUAGGAAGCGAGGCCUUGCAGCCAGAUGAACAGCCGCAGGGAGGUAGUGGUAACGGUGGAAAGGCCCGUGGCAAGAAGAAGGGCAAGAAGAAGGAGACCGUGGAUUUGAGGACUCUACUGAUUCUAUGUGCACAAGCUGUGUCAGGCAAUGAUAGAAGGACUUCUGGCGAGCUUCUAAAUCAGAUUAGGCAGCAUUCUUCUCCUCUUGGCGAUGGGUGUCAAAGGUUGGCGCAUUGCUUUGCUAAUGCCCUCGAGGCACGUCUGGCGGGCACUGGAACUGGCGCACAGAUGUAUUAUAGUACCCUACUUUCCAAGACCAGUGCUUCUGAUAUUCUGAAAGCAUACCAACUUAGUCUAAAAUGCAGCCCUUUUAAGAAGAUGGCCAUGCUCUUUGCAAACAAGAUGAUUUACAAGGCAGCUGAGAAAGCAACAAGCCUUCACAUUGUCGAUUUCGGGAUCUUGUAUGGCUUUCAGUGGCCAAUCCUCAUCAAGCAUCUUGCAGGCAGACCUGGUGGACCUCCCAAGCUGCGUGUUACUGGGAUAGAGUUUCCCCAAAAGGGAUUCCGUCCAGCAGAGAGAAUUGAAGAGACAGGACGUCGCUUGGCAAAUUAUUGUGCUCGCUUUGGAGUCCCUUUUAAAUACAAUGCCAUAGCAUCACCAAAUUGGGAAACUGUCCGAAUUGAGGACAUCAAGAUUGAUGACGACGAGGUAGUUGCAGUGAACGAUUUGAUGCGGUUCAAGAACCUACUUGAUGAAACUGUUGAAGUGAAUUGUCCGAGGAAUGCUGUUCUAAACCUAAUCAGGAAGAUGAAUCCAGCCAUUUUUGUUCAGUCUAUUGUUAAUGGAUCCUACAACGCACCCUUUUUUGUCACACGUUUCCGCGAGGCUCUUUUCCACUUCUCCGCCUCCUUUGACGUGUUAGACACCAACGUAGGCCGCAACAACGAAGAGAGGUUGAUGUUUGAGAGAGAAUUCUAUGGGCGGGAGGCUAUGAACGUGAUAGCAUGUGAGGGACCGGACAGAGUCGAGAGGCCUGAGACAUACAAGCAGUGGCAGGUUCGGAAUAUGAGGGCCGGUUUCCGGUCACUGCCUUUGAACCAAGAGCUUAUGGACAUGUUUAGAGGCAAGCUGAAGGCAUGGUACCACAAGGAUUUUGUAAUUGAUGAAGACAACAAUUGGAUGCUUCAGGGAUGGAAAGGGAGAAUUCUUUAUGCCUCCUCAUGUUGGGUGCCAGCAUAGGGAUUUUUCUGAGGUCACUUGUUCAAACUCAUUAGUUGAAUAUUCAAUAAACUAGCUAAUAAUGAGUAAAACAGGCACACACACCUUUAGUACAAGCUGUUUAUGGAUGCAAUUGCAGUAUGUUGAACUAUCAUCAUGAAGCUACUCAAAUGAGGAGGGAAAACAAACUGGAAAUCCACAAUGUGAUGAAGAGCCAAUUCGAUGCGCUAACAAUGCGUACUUUGCUUUUUUUUUUUUUUGGCUAUUUGCAAUCAGUUUUUAUUUUUCCUCUUCCAGGUUGUUUUCGCCAUCAGUUUGAUGAUAAGAGGGGCUUUGCCGUACUCCCUGUACAUUUUAGCAUGAACUCAUAUUUGCCUUA